AUGGAUGACUACGAGAAAAAGAUUUUUGGCAUCUUGCAAGAAAAGUUUCAACCAGAAAAAUUGCAGGUCAAGGAUGUUUCCGGUGGUUGUGGUUCCAUGUUUGCCAUUUUGGUCGAAGCCAACGCCUUCAAGGGCCUUCCAAUGGUCAAGCAGCACAGACUAGUCAACGAAGUCUUGAAAGACGAGAUUAAGCAGUGGCACGGUUUGCAGUUGCGCACCAAGGCUGUUUAG